CUGUCUGCAAUAAGAGCGUCGGCGUGUUUGAUGGUUGAAGCGGCGCGGGGUGCACGCGGUUGAUAUUUGCCUGGUAUUAACUUAUUUGCUCUAAUUCUAGUCAUCAUGUGUGGGGGAUUUACGUGCACAAAGAAUUCCCUUAUAGGGUUGAACAUCUUGUACAUGGUUGUGGCAUUCUUGUUGAUUGGCGUGGCUACCUAUGGAAAGACGUCCAGCAUCAUCACCAGCAUAAACGUGGUGGGCGGAAUCGUAGCAUGCGGCGUGUUCCUGCUCUUCAUCGCCGUGAUGGGCAUCAUGGGCGCCAUGAAGCACCACCAGGUGCUGCUCUUCUUCUACAUGAUGGUGCUGUUCCUGCUGUUCCUCGUCCAAUUCAGCGUGGCGUGCGCCUGCCUAGCAGUCAACAAAGAGCAGCAGCAGGCCCUGGCGGCCGCCGGCUGGCAGGUGUCCAACAACGACACCAAGACGGACGCGCAGAAUAACUUCGAGUGCUGCGGCUUCAACGUCACAAGCAACGCCAACCUGACGCUGAACAUGCUGCAUCCGCCAUGUCCUAAGCAAUGCUGCGCUGCCAACGAUCCGUCCGACCAGUGCUGCAUGGGUGCCAGCUGCGAAUGCCAGCCGUGCUUGGCGAAGGUGGGCGACGCCAUCAAUUCGGGCCUUCGCGCCAGCGGCGGCGUCGGCCUGUUCUUCAGCUUCACGGAGGUUAUCGGCUUUAUCCUGGCGUUCCGUCACCGCCGCCAGGCGGACCCGGACCGUGUCCAGGUGCUGGAGUAGCGGCACACGCACGGGGAGGGGUGUCCGGGCUGGGAGGGCAGGUGGUGGUGUCGGAGGGCCGCCGGGGAGCACGGCAGGUGGGUGGUAGCUGUGAUUUGGCUCUGGCUCUCAGCGGAGCGACCCGUAACGGUUCCGACCUCUGGGGAGUGCUAAAUAUUUAACACGGAGGUCACUAACACUGGUUUUCUGUUUCACUGGAAGUGGUGCGGACAUGUCACGCUAGCCGGCUGUCGGGCUGAGGCCCGCUCCUUGACUGGGUCCAGGCCGCUGCUUGGGUGGCAGUGGUCCUGUCCAGCUGGCUCCCAGAGGGCCACCGCGGGGAACACGUCUAACUAUGGUGCUUCGAUGGCGGCGCUGGAAUCGUGUGCCCGACCCGUGCCGUUGGCUGGCUGCGGUCGAGCGAAAAGUUUGAUGUUACCACCACUGGCAUGCAAAAACAUAACGCGAAACUUAACGCGGGACAGCAUCGCCUCUCGCUUUUCUUCAGCGUAGUUGAGGCUGCUUGGUGUUUGAGCGUGAUAUUGCGGCUUGUAGAGUGGUGUGGUGAAAGCUUGUACGAACUAUGCAUAGAAAGCCCAUGUGGCGAUGGGAGAAGCGCGAGCUUUCGUUUGUCAACGUACGCCUGUAUUGUAUAUGUGGGUGUUACGCAGGCUUUGUCUAUUUUCCGCUUGUCAAGUCGUGGUGAAGAGCUCUAAAACGUAUCCAUGUAUCUAAAAGAUGUCUAUAUAUAUAUUUAUGCAAUAGCUUAACAAGAUUGUAUGUUAUACGGGAGCCGCUUGUGAGGGUCCUGGCCGUUUCGGUAGUUUGGUGCCAAUACUUGUGUGAUAGCCAGUAUUUUGGAUGGUUUGGUGCACAACCAUGUAUGUGAUUGGAAUAUCUCGUCCUUUUGAAGACGGACAUCUUUCGAAUCGUGAUUUUGAUCAUUCCACAUUGCUGCUGUUGCUGUUCUUAUGCCUUCGGUGUUAUGGGUGUGGGGAUAAGAUGUUUGUGCACUGAACAGGUUUCAAUAAAUUUAGCUGGCAUGGCCAAGUGUUGAAGAUGUCGCCAUCGCUUCGAAACUUUGCUCCUCGGACGUCCCACCUAAUAAAUGUGACACACGUU